ACGCCGCGCGCGCGCCGUGACGUCACGCCCGCCGCGCUCUAUAUAAGCGGCGCGCACGCAGCCGUGCGCAGCCCGAGGAGCCGCGCGAGCGCCGCGGUGCCGCCGCUGUCCCCGAGCCCCCCCGGUGUCCCCCGGUGUCCCCCCGGGAUGAGCCAGCGCCACAGCCACCGCCGCGGCCCGCGCGCCGACAUGGCGCCCGAGAUCGCCGCCGCCGUGGGCUUCGUGUCCGGCCUGCUGCGGACGCGCGGCCGCGUCAGCGAGCAGCAGCUGCAGGUGUUCAGCGCGGCGCUGCGGGAGGCGCUCACAGAGCACUACAGACACCACUGGUUCCCCGAGAAACCCUCCAAGGGCUCCGGCUACCGCUGCCUGCGCAUCAGCCACGGGCUGGACCCCAUCAUCAGCAGGGCAGCGGGGCAGACAGGACUGAGCCUGGCCCAGCUGCUGCAGCUGCUGCCCAGCGAGCUGACCCUGUGGGUGGAUCCCUUCGAGGUCUCCUAUCGCAUCGGCGACGACGGCUCCAUCUGCGUCCUCUACGAGGCUUCCAAAAACCACCCCAGAUCUCCCUAUGGAGGGAUGCUCACCUGCAAGAACCAGAUGAUGUUAGGACGUGCCAGCCCUUCCAAAAAUUACAUCAUGACUGUCUCCAGCUAAACAAAAAAACAAAAAAAAAAAUCUCCGCCCUCCCCACACCCCAAAAAAAACACGACAAAACGAAAAAAAAAAAUUUCUCCUCCUCUGUCCUUACACUGCCAAGACACAGGCUACUGUAAUACCUCAAGCUGAGGAAUCUAUUUUUAAGAUGAAGAGCUAUUUAUAUAUUUUUUUGUAGUAAAACAAAAACCCCACAAAAAAAAAAAAA